GCGAGAACGUGGUCGUGACGGCGACGAACUGCCGGCGCGUCGAGGCCUUCUGCUGGGUGGCGCUGCAGACGUGCCUGGGCCGCGACUUCGUCGUUAUGCUCAGGAAGAGGAACAACAGGGCCUCGAGGAACCGCUUCUUUGGCGCCGUACUGCUCGUCGGGUCGAGCGAGGAGGCGCGACGCUUCCUGUACCGGUUCGAACUGCGCGGUGCCGAACACCGGCUCUCGUGGUCAGCCAGGACCCGGAGCCUGCACUCGCAGGCCGACAACGACCGGAACGGAGACGGCCUGGUGUUGGACAUGAGCACGGCCGAGCGCCUCUGCAAUGGCACCGACCUCAUCAUGGACGUCACCGUCAGCGUCGCCCCAUCCUUGUGCGGUGAUAACGUGCUGUAA